GCUACGAGUUUAAACAGCUGAAGGAAUCGAUAGCAAAGUAUCGAUACUUUUAAAACCAAAUAGAUCAACAUGCAGCAAUUACAGUCAGAGAAAGACAAGGAAAAACACGCUCUUCUGCUUAAUCAUAGGCAAUUAAUUAAUAACGCUUACAGUGCAAGCGUGAAUGAUGUCGAGACUUUUGAACUGAAGUCACAAUUGUUUCAAUUUCAACCGAAAGCAACGCCGCAGCCACAGCAAUGCCAGAAGAAACGCAAACGCAAAUUCAAAGAAACUGCGACCAUUGCAGAAGUAGACAACGUAAACGAGUACCUGAAUCUGCUGGUGCCCGCAGAAUGCGGCGACAAUGUGGCAGCACUACCCCGCCACUGGGAAGAUGAGUACACACUGCCACAGUUGCACGGCAGCAACACAAGUGGCAAAUUUCAAAAGUACCACACGUCGGAUAGAAUGGGCAGUACUUUCAUUAUACCGCAUGCAGCACGCUUCUACAACCACAAUGUGGAUCAGCUAAGAGCGUUGUUGCCCCAACUGUUGCCCAGUUAUGAUUUAAUUGUAAUCGAUCCGCCGUGGCGGAAUAAAUAUAUACGCCGACUUAACCGUGUCAAGCAGCAGCUGGGCUAUGCCAUGCUUGACAAUGAGCAGCUGACUCUGUUGCCGCUCAGCGAGCUCACACACAGGCACACCUUGGUGGCCGUUUGGUGCACGAACUCCACGCUGCAUCAGCAGGCCCUGGAAAUGCAGCUGCUGCCUCGCUGGCGACUGCGAUUGCUGCACAAGCUGCGCUGGUACAAACUCAAUACGGCUCAUCAGCUGGUCAGCAGCUUGAAGCAGGUGGAUACCACACAAAAGCAACCCCACGAAAUGCUCUACUUGGCCUGUCAUGCGGAGAGCGAUGAGACCUACGCCGCAGCUGUGAAACAAACCGAACUGCUGCUCAGCGUGCCCAGCAUUGUGCAUUCCCAUAAGCCGCCACUGCUGCAGUGGUUGCAACACCAUUUGCAACUGGCUCCGGAUCAGGUUGAGCCCAACUGCUUGGAACUGUUCGCACGCUAUUUGCAGCCCCAAUUCACGUCGAUUGGCCUGGAGGUGCUGAAGCUAAUGGACGAGCGUCUGUACGAUAAAAUAUUAAAGCAAGACUAAAAAUAAUCAAUAUAAGAACAUUUUUACUUGUUGAAAUGGUGUCAGUAGUGCCAGUUUUUUGCCAUGAUUUGCCAGAGAUGAAUGAUUAUUUCCCAUUUUUAUAUAAAACAUUAUUGUUUUUUAAAU